UAGUGUUGCAUUUAUCAUGGAUCAGGCAGCACUAAACUGCAGCAGCAGCAACCAACUUCACGCGAGACGCACUUGGAGAAAAACAGCAAAAUAUCAAAGUGUAAAAAUAUACAAAAACAAAAAGGAAAACAAUGAACGUAUCGAACAUAAAUAAUGACUUGCGAUCCUAUUCUCGACACUGGCUAACCGAGUUCAUUGAGCAGUACCAAGAGGAGGAAUGCCUGUGGCAGCCAAAACACCACGACUACAGCAAUCACGCCGCCAGAAAUAAAGCAUACGACAAACUGGUUGAAAAACUAAAAGAAGUUGAGCCAAAUCCAGAUCGCGCCAUGGUCGUUAGGAAGAUCAACUCAUUACGAUCCGCGUUUCGUCGAGAAUUUCGCAAAUCCUCCUCCAAAACCGACUACGAGACGCGUCUCUGGUACUACGACAAGCUGCUCUUCAUAGCAGACCACAAACCCAAGCGCCACUCAAACGAAUUGACCGGCAAGCCCAAAAGAGAGCUGCAAAUCAAUUUUGACGAUGACGACUCUAUGGAUUACGAGGAAGAAUCCCAUCAUACGCCGCAGUCACAACAUAUUGAAACCAUUGUGCCCAACCCCAGCGAUGAAGUCGAGGCAGAGGUUGCCGCCGUCGCCGCCAACAAUGUGGUGGUCAGUAGUCAGGGCGCCACGUUGAGCACCAUCUCGGUAACACCUGCGGAUUGUGUGACACUUGUAAAGGAUGAGACGCAUCAGACGCACAACGAGGUGGCAGAGGCACAUCAGCGUUUAGUUGCACAGGCGAACGCUGCACAGUCUUCGUUAGCUGCUGCUGCAGCAGGCGGACAUGCGGUCAAGGUGCUGGAGAUAACAUCGCUCGACUCCAAUUCGCAGCGCGAGAUACAACAGGCUGUCAACUCACUCGAGCAUCACCAACAGCAAUUGCAGCACCUGCACCAUCAGGCAAAUGGACAUGCCCAACCUGUACCGACCAUACAGAUUGGACGGGAUCAUUACCAGCCGCUGUUUGGAAGCGCAGCGACUACAGCGUAUACAACCGCAGCGCCCGCCACCUCGCACCGGCAUGAGGAUGAAUACGAUGCAAUUGGGGUAAAUGUGGCCAGCAAAUUGCGAUCGAUCAACCACACGCAACGCAUCAUUGCCGAGAAGCUCAUCAGCGAUGUCCUCUUCAAUGCACAACUCGACAAUCUCACAGUCAACUCGUCACUGACGCAAUAAUUAAUUAGCUAAUUA